UAGGAAGGCUUUAAAGAAAUAACAACUCCAUAACUUGUGCUUCUCAUUCUCUCUCUCUCUUUGCAGCUUUUCAAUGUCAGAAGUGACCUAUCUCACCCACAAGGGGAUCUUUUUCCCCAUGCUCGAUGAUUAUACAGCAGACAAUCUCAGCUUUGUGGGAAAUGAAUUUCAGCUGUUGGAUGACGAUGUAGUGAAUGUUGCUUAUAACAAAUCAGGGACCAACUGGAUGGCGGAGAUCUUGGGUUUGAUCCGGCAUGAUGGGGACCCCACCUGGGUACGCAGUACCUCAGUGUUUCAACGGACACCCUGGUUGGAAUGUGUUAGGGGCUUGAAGGUUGCCCUGAAAUAUCCUUCACCCAGGAUGAUGAAUUCUCACCUUCCAGUCCAGCUUUUCCCUAAAUCCUUUCUCAACUCCAAGGCCAAGCUGGUCUAUACCUUACGCAACCCCAAGGACGUGCUGAUCUCACACUACUACUUCUCCAAGGUUAUGAAGGGAUUGAAAGACCCUGGAACAGUCCAAGAGCACCUGGAAGAGUUCCUGAGUGGGAAUGUGCCCUAUGGCUCUUGGUUUGACCACGUGAAAGGCUGGAUGGAGAUGAAGGACAGAGCCAACUUCUUCCUCAUCACCUACGAAGAGAUGCAGCAGGACCUGCGAAGCAGUGUGGGGAGGAUCUGCCGCUUCCUUGGUAAGGAGCUGAACAGCCAGCAGAUUGACUCGGUGGUGGAAAAUGCCUCCUUCCAGAAGAUGAAGGACAACAAGAUGUCCAACUUCUCCCAAGUACCCGACAUGUAUAUGGACCACAGUAAAGGAAAGCUAAUGAGGAAAGGGAUCUCCGGAGAUUGGAAGAACCUCUUGACAGUGGCCCAGAGUGAACACUUUGACCGUGUUUAUCGGGAGAAAAUGUUGGGUAUGAACAUGACCUUCCCAUGGGACUGAAGAUUGCCAGGCGAUUCCUCAUAGCAUUGUGUGUGCUCAUAUUCCAUAUCUCAUCUGCUGCAAGCCCCUUCAUGGCAUCACCAGGCAGAAGAAAUAUUGAAAAGAAUCUUGCAGUAUAUGAUAUAGUCUCCAACAAUCCUGUUUAGCUUGCUCCUAAAAGUGAGUCACAAUAAAAAGGAAGUCCAUGCUCGCAAUCAUAUGUCUCCAAAAUGUUCUGCUGAAAUACCAACAGUCCAUCUGGAUUUGCAAAUAGGUAAUCCAAACCAUUUUCCUGACGAGACCAAGAGUCAUCUAUGGCUCAUUCAAGGAGUCAUCCCAGGAGUCAUCAUUCAAGGCUUCAUCCACGGCUCAAAGAGUCAUCCAUGGCUCAUUCAAGGAGGCUUUUCUUCUAGAGUUUUUUUUAAAGGAAAACUAAAGAUACCGCGGGAAACUACUUAAAUCGUGCUUAAAUCUUACUCAGACAUUUAGAAGAGCAGAUCUUCAUUUACUUAAUGGGGCCAUAGCUUCCGAUUUCCCGGCAGAAUACUGUCAUUGGGCAGGUACCAGACCAUCCCUCAUCGAUUAUAUGGUGGUAUCUAGAAAUGUAUUACCUUAUUUACCCUAUGUAUUACCUUAUUUGAGGGAUUUUCGGGUGAUUACACGUACUGAAAGUGAUCAUUCACCUCUAAUUUUGACUUUGGUAUUAAAUGAAACACUUUAUUUAGAGUUUCUUCAGCCCCUUGUAAGUAAGGAGGAAUAGGUCUGGAUUAGGGCCAGAUGGACACCAGCUCUUCAACAACGUAUUUAAAAAAUACUAUACUCCCCUGUGGUGUCUGGCCUCCAGACAGAUAUAAUCAAUGGCUUUUAUAAUGGUACAGAACCAUCCCCAGUUGAGUUAUAUGAUCGUCUGAUCGCUUCUCUUACAUCAGCUCUAACAAGCUCAACCUCCGCACCUCUCAAGAUAUUUAAUCGGUCUUCGCAUACCUGGUUUGACCAGGAAUGCCUCAAGGCCAAGAGGAAAUUAAUUUAUCACUUUAAAUUGUAUGGCAAAGGCACCUCUGAUGUUGCACCACAAACUUUGGUAACCCUCAAGAAGCAAUAUAAGAACUUGCUAAGAGAUAAGAAACUCCAGGCCAAAAAAGAGGAAUGGGCUGACCUCAUUGCCGCUUCUAAACUUAAAAAUCAGACUAGAUUCUGGCGGCAAAUUUCAUGUCCUUUAGGGAGGGCCCCUUCUAUUUCUAAUUUGGCAAUUCCAGAUGGGAUAUGGGAACAAUAUCUCAAUCUUAUAUCAAAAAGAGGGCUCCCAUUCGUCUAUAAUUGAUUAUAAGCCAGACCAGUUUCCAAGCUGGAGCCCAAUCACUGUCUCGGAAGUUGAAGCUUUGAUUAAAAAAUGUAAGACGGGUAAGGCUUCUGGAAUUGACUGUAUUACAAUUGAAAUUAUUCACAAAAACCUUGACUGGUGGGCUCCUCUUCUUGCUUCCUUAUUUACCUUCAUAGAUCCUACUUCAAAAAUGCCCGAGGAUUGAGGUGUCUCGGUAAUAGUCCCCAUUUACAAGAGAGGAUCAAGGGAGGAAGGAUCCUAAUAAUUAUCACUCGAUUAUUCUCCUUAGCAUGAUUAGUAAACUCUAUGCUAGACAUCUCUUGGGGAAACUACAGGAAUGGCUGAAUACUCAGGAUAUCUUAUCCGCUGAACAAGCGGGAUUUCGAGAAGGAUAUUCUACAACACAGGAAGAAUUUAUUUUACAGUACUUAGCUGAGAAAUAUUCCUCCUCGCCUAAAUCCUCCCUAUAUGCUGCGUUUAUAGAUUUUAAAGCAGCUUUUGAUUCUAUUUCCAGAGACUUUGGAUGAAGUUAAAGAAAUCAUCAAUAGAUCCACAUUUACUUUUAUUAAUCUACAAUUUUCAUCAGAACACCCACCUCAGAGUGCGGUGUAGUAGGAAAGGGCAUCUCUCAGCUGAGAUACCUACUUAUAGAGGAGUAUGACAAGGUUGUAUUCUUGCCCCUGUUUUAUUUAAUUUUUAUAUAAAUUCAAUAAUUUCUCAUCUGAAUGACCUUGCUCUUCUUCCCCCUAAACUUGUGAAUAGGCAUAAGAACAGCACUGCUGGAUCAGGCCCAAGGCCCAUCUAGUCCGGCAUCCUGUUUCACACAGUGGCCCACCAGAUACUGCUGGAAGCCUACAGGCAGGAGUUGAGAGCAUGCCCUCUCUCCUGCUGUUAAUCCCCUGCAACUGGUACUCAGAGGCAUCUUGCCUUUCAGGCUGUAGGUGGCCUAUAGCCCUCUAACUAGUAGCCGUUGAUAGAGCUCUCCUCCAUGAAGUUAUCCAAACCUUUCUUAAAGCCAUCCAGUUUGUUGGCUGUCUCCACAUCUUGUGGCAGAGAAUCCCACAAGUUGAUUAUGCGUUGUGUGAAAAAGAACCUCCGUUUGUUGGGCCUAUAUUUCCUGGCCAUCAAUUUCAUGGGAUGACCCCUGGUUCUAGUGUUGUGUGAGAAGGAGAACAAUUUCUCUCUAUCCACUUUCUCCACACCAUGCAUGAUUUUAUAGACCUCUAUCAUAUCUCCCCGCAGUUGUCUUUUUUUCUAAACUAAAAAGCCACAGGUGUUGUAGUCUUGCCUCAUAAGAAAGGUGCUGUAGGCCCCUGAUCAUCUUGGUUGCCCUCUUCUGCACCUUUUCCAGUUCAACAAUGUCCUUUUUUGAGAUGUGGUGGCCAGAACUGUAUACAGUACUCCGAUUGUGGUUGCACCAUAGUUUUGUAUAAGGGUAUUAUAAUAUUAGCCGUUUUAUUAUCAGUCCCCUUCCUAAUAAUCCUUAGCAUGGAACUGGCCUUUUUUACAGCUGCCGCACAUUGAGUCGACACUUUCAACGAGCUGUCCACCACGACCCCAAGAUCCCUCUCCUGGUCAGUCACCGACAGCUCAGAUCCCAUCAGUGUAUACUUGAAGUUGGGGUUUUUCUAUUGUUUCGUUACUGCUUUAUGCUGAUGAUAUUGUCCUAUUAUCUCAAACCACGAUAGGGUUAAGCCGUGAAGGAAGCCGUGGACGUAAACUAUACCAAGACUAAGGUGAUGGUUUUUGCAAAACACCCCCAAACCCAUAAAUCGUCCAUAAAUGGAGAUAAUAUUGAGCAGGUCAAGGUUUGCAAGUAUUUAGGGGUUGUAUUUCAUUCCAGCGGAUCCCGGAAAGCUCAUCUUAGCUUUCUUUCUCACAGUGCCCAACAGACGGCAAAUGUGAUUAAAUCUUUUUACUUCUCGAGAGGUGCUCCUUUUGUCCCGGUGGCUGUCAGAUUAUUUAAAGCUAAAAUAUACCCGCCAAUUGUUUAUGAUGCGCAAAUUGGACCUUUUGAUAAUUUUACAAUAUUAGAAGCAGUUCAAACUAAAUUCUUAAGGGCCAUCCUUCAAGCCCCCAGAGGCUCAGCUAACGUGGCUCUUUGUAGAGAAGUUGGGGUUACCACCUUGAAAAUGAAAAUCUGGAUUUGGUUUUCUUCCCAGUCGGUUUAGUGCCUUUAGUAUUAAUUGACAGCUUUACAUCUAAAUAGGAAAUAGCUCUGAAAACAAAAUUGCAUCAACUGGGCAUGUCCCAAGAAACCUGUUACUUCUAUAAAUGUGGCUAAGUUUUGUUUUGUUGAAUCCAAACUUCAUAGAGCUUGUAUAAGCAAUUUGAAUAUUUUGUAAAUUAUAAAUUCAUUAUUUUAAAUGUUAAGCUGGUCUAAGGACCAUAAUAAAUUUACUUACUUACUUACAGUGCUCACA